AUGACAGCGGCGCUUGCGGCUCCCCGCGACGAGCAUUCGCAUUUUUCCCCCGAUCUUCUGCGGAGCCCGACUGCGCAACGGUAUUUCUUGGAUCACGACAUUGUGACCAAAUCAUCCAUGAAAGAUGACUACCCGACCAGGGAGUGCCCGAGUCCCACUGCGUCAACCCUCUCCUCCAUCCCGCCAUCCCCGAGCUUCACUCCGUCCGCUCCGGAACAGCUAUCCUACUCCCCCGCCACUCUAAGCAGCCUCUCGUUGGAAGACGAUGAACUGCUCCUGCCCUCUUACGAUACUGAACCGGGAGCUCGCACGGAGUCCAAGGAACGAGAAGAUGUGAAGCGCGCGUCGGCUGAAGUGUCCGCGACCCCGGUCUGCGCCAUACAAGCCCCUGCGGCGGAUGACACGGCCAUCGAGGUGGAACCAUCUCGACACGUGGAUUAUCUCGCGCACGACUGGAGAGAGGAGGAUAUUUGGGCCUCAUGGCGCUAUGUGACCACCCGCAAAAACAUCUACAGCAAUGGGGUGCGGCUGGAAAAUGCUUCAUGGCGAACAUGGGCCAAGGCGAAGAAUAAUCUUGGGACCAUCUCGCCCGAGACCCUCAACUGGCUCAAGGACUGCGAUGUAACGUGGCUCUACGGUCCACUGAAAACUGCCGGCGACUACGCGUCGGAUGUAUCGCCGCCACCCAGUCGCCUCGAGACCCCCAAUUCCUAUUUAGAUCCCAAACCAAUCCUCAAAAAGAAAACCGCCUCGGAGACGAUCCUGCAACAGUCGCUCUCUCAGCACACACUUCUGCAGCAUGCAGGAGCCAUUCUCAAGGCCCAGGAGGCGGAGAAUAAUGGCUGGGCUCGACCGUCCUUUCCUCGGACCAAUACAGACCCAGAUCACUUUCAUCAUCGGACUGGGAGCUCCACAUAUUCGCUCGACGGCACCCUCACCACGACCUCGUCCUCUGGGGUAACUUCGCCGAGUGAGCGACGGCAUAUUCAUUUUAAUAACGAGGUGGUACAAUGUAUUGCCGUCGAAGCCAAGGAUGGCGACGAGCAAGACUGGCCGACUUUUGAUGACUCGUCAUCAGAUGACGGCGUAGUCAUGAUGAGCCAGAUUCCGACCCAAGCCUCGGUGAGCAACCGGAGUACGCCUCGCAAUAGCUUCAGUGGCGACGGGAAAACCAUUGCUCCUCUGCCACCCACAACCCUGAAAUACCGGGGAGACACACCCGAGCCCCCCGCCGAGUCAGUACUCGAUCGAUGGUCCAUCUUCCCAUCCACAUUAUCGCCGUCCCCGUCAGUCGAGACUCUGCGACCAUCACAACCAUCGGCCAAUUUUCUCCUGGACGAGGACGAUGACGGGCUCGAAUUCCCGAGCCCGUCUGAUCGAGAUUGGUCGAGGUUUGAAGAAAACGAGCUGGCCUCGAAUCGUUCGCUUCGACUGACGGCUUCUGGCAUGAUCAUGCCAUAUGAAGACGGCGAACCCGCCAAUAACGGCAUCCUGGGCCGAGUCGUCGACACGGUGAACACCGCCCGAGACAUUGCUCAUGUCAUUUGGAAUGUAGGCUGGCGACGGUAA